GGGGUUUUACUCUUAAUUUGAGUAUCUCCUUUUACUCACAAUUAUUUCAAGUUGGUAUCAGAGCAAGGUUAGGGUUUGGGGUAGGGUUAGUGUAUGGCUCUACCAGCCAUACCGCCGAAACCACCCUGGCCAUCAGCUGCCCAGCGAAACCGACCAAACCAGCGACAAAACCAGUCCACCUACUGCCCAUACCAGGCCACACCGACAGCCCCAAAAUCCAUACACCGACGGCCCAGGCAACAAACAGUCUUCCACCGACUGCCCAUCCUCAUACCAGUCCAUACACUGACUGCCUAUCCUUAUACCAGUCCAUACCAGCCCCUAGCCGCAUCCCAGACAAACCAGUCCAUACCAGUCCACCACAACCUUAAUCCACGACAAAGGCAGCAACCUCAAUCCAUACCAGUUCAACCAGUCCAUAACCAUAUGCCAAACCAGCCCAUAACCAUAUGCUAAACCAGCCCACUGUCCAACCGACUGGCCAUAUAUAUCCUGUCCCGCGCCCUUUACCCAUUCUCCAUAUAAUAAUAAUAAUAGAUCCAACCCAAUAAACCCAAUAAAACCACUCCUACUGCUAGAUCAUUGUCCAGCCCACUGCUGGGUCACAACUUUCGUUGUGAUUUUAUUCUAGGACUUUUUUGGGAGGGAGCGGAUCCUCUUUUCUGUUGAUCUGCCCUUGAUGCAGUAGAUCACUUAUUUAUAUAUUUUGGAUUUCUGGGCACCGUGACUUGAUUAUUUGGGAGCUUUUUGGACCUUCCCUAUUUGUCGCUACUGUUCGACUGAAG